AAAGCAUUGAUCAAUGAAAGUGGUAUAUUUCAACGUAGAGAACCACAGAAUCUCUCUUUUUAAAAGAUCCAUUCAUUCACCAACUCAAAGAAGAAGAAAGUUUUCUCUUUGGAUUUUCACUUCUGUUCCCACCAUAGAAUGUGAAGAAGAAGAAGCAAAAUUGUAUAUCCUGAAGGUUUUUUCAAAGAUAUUUGUUGCCAGAAUCUGAAUCUGAUUUCCGUCAACCUGGGAUUGCCACAUUAGGCAACCUUAACUACAACCUAAAUCAUCAAAGAAGACCCUUCUUGUUUUCUUCGGAAACGUUUGAUAUAGAACUUGCGAAGCUUGGCUUUUUCAAUUUGAUUGUUCAUAUCAGAUCGAGAAACACAUUCAGAUUAUUGUGAAGCCGCGGUUUAAAUGGCGAAAGUUUGUUGGCCGUACUUUGAUCCUGAGUAUGAGAACCUGAGUGUCAGAAUCAAUCCUCCAAGGGUGUCCGUUGAUAACACGAGUUGCAGCAACUGUACCGUUGUAAAGGUUGACAGCGUGAAUAAACCCGGAAUAUUGCUGGAAGUUGUGCAAAUACUAACAGACCUUGAUUUCAUUAUUACCAAAGCUUAUGUCUCCUCUGAUGGUGGAUGGUUCAUGGAUGUGUUUCACGUCACGGAUCAACACGGGAAAAGGAUCACCGAUGUAAAAACUAUCGAUUAUGUAGAGAGGGUUCUAGGACCUAAAGGCCACACUAUGGAUGGGAUGAAAAACUUCCCCGGAAAAAGUGUUGGGGUUCACUCUUUCGGAAAUCACACGGCAAUAGAAAUCAUUGGAAGGGACAGGCCCGGUCUCUUAUCAGAGAUUUCGGCUGUCCUUGCCAACCUUCACUUCAAUGUUACCGUUGCAGAAGUAUGGACGCAUAAUAGACGAAUAGCAUGUGUGCUCUAUGUUAAUGAUGAUACCACAGGCGGGGCUGUGAAUGAUCCAAACAGAAUGUCUAUUAUGGAGGAGCAGCUUAAGCAUAUCCUACGUGGUUGUGAGGACGAUGACAAUGUUGCUCGUACCAGCUUCUCCAUGGGAUUCACACAUAUCGAUCGUCGGCUUCAUCAAAUGCUGUUUGCAGAUAGGGAUUAUGAAGGUGGUGGAGUGACAUCGGAGUUGGACUAUCCUCCAUCCUUCAGACCAAAGAUAACAAUCGAUCGUUGUGAGGAGAAAGGGUAUUCGGUUGUUAGUGUCCGGUGCAAAGAUCGAGCUAAGCUCAUGUUCGACAUUGUUUGCACACUCACGGACAUGCAAUAUGUAGUUUUUCAUGCUAACAUCUCAUCCUGUGGUCCCCGUGCUUCACAGGAAUAUUUUAUUCGCCACAUGGAUGGCUGCAUACUCGAUACCGAAGGAGAGAAAGAAAGGGUUGUUAAAUGUCUCGAAGCCGCCAUUCAUAGAAGAGUAAGCGAGGGUUUAAGCCUGGAGCUUUGCGCGAAGGACAGAGUCGGUUUGUUGUCCGAAGUAACAAGGAUUCUCCGAGAGAACGGGUUGUCCGUUCUAAGAGCAGGGGUCUCAACGGUCGGGGAGAAAGCAGUGAACGUCUUCUAUGUGAGAAAUGCUUAUGGGAAUCCCGUGGAUGCGAAGACGAUCGAAGCACUACGUGAAGAAAUCGGACACACGAUGAUGCUUAAUGUGAAGAAGGAUCCGGCGAGUAGGAAAGCAGUCGGGGCCGAGAGCAGUGGAUGGGCUAAAACAAGCUUCUUCUUUGGGAACUUACUGGAAAAAUUCUUGGCUUGAGAAGAAGGGUAAAAGACCAACAUCAAUGUGUAUUAGACCACUCCCGAACUGUAUUGAAUAAUGCACGUCAACCAUGGCAAAAGUUUGUUACCCCUACUUUGUUUAAAAUUAAGGCUUAAUUAUAAAAUAAAUGUCCAAACUAUAGUGUUUU